AUGAAUUACUUGAGACGUCGACUGUCGGACAGUAAUUUUAUGUCCAACUUGCCGAAUGGCUACAUGACUGACCUACAACGCCCCGACCCGCCGCAACAAAGCCCUGCCCCGGCGGUGUCGCCAGGAUCACAAGAGAGGCGCCAGCCCCCCAGUCAGUCCACAGGAGCCGGCUUUUUCUCCUCUAUUUCAAACGCUGUCAAACAGACCACGGCUGCUGCUGCAGCCACUUUCAACGAGGCGACUGAAAGAACCAGCGCCGCGGCAAAUGCAAAGAUACUUUUGGUUAUUGACGACCAGCAGACAGACUGGGCAAAGGUCUUCAAAGGCAAAAAAGUUCAUGGUGAAUUUGACAUCAAAGUUGAACAGGCCGACUUCUCUGAGAUCAAUCUUGUGGCCCAUGCAACUGGCAGCUACAGUGUGGAUGUGGAGGCAAUUCGCAAUGGCAAUAAGAUCACAAAGUGUUUCAAACCAGACUUUGUGCUGGUGCGACAGCAUGCCUUCAGCAUGGCCAAGAAUGGUGAUUUCCGGAACAUCGUAAUUGGUCUUCAGUACGCUGGGAUUCCCAGUGUCAACUCACUCCACUCUGUCUACAACUUCUGUGAUAAGCCAUGGGUGUUCGCUCAGAUGACCAGAUUGUACAAGCAAUUGGGUCCAGAAGAGUUCCCACUGAUCGAGCAGGUUUAUUACCCAAACCACAAGGAGAUGAUCACCACUCCUGGAUUCCCUGUGGUUGUGAAGAUGGGCCACGCCCAUUCAGGCAUGGGAAAGGUGAAAGUGGACAAUCAAUACGAUUUCCAGGAUAUUGCCAGUGUGGUAGCCUUGACCAAGACAUACGCCACAUCUGAGCCUUUCAUUGAUGCCAAAUAUGACGUCCGUAUCCAGAAGAUUGGAGACAGUUACAAGGCCUAUAUGAGGACCUCAAUCUCUGGAAACUGGAAAACCAACACAGGAUCAGCCAUGUUGGAGCAAGUUGCCAUGUCUGACAGGUAUCGCAUGUGGGUGGACUCUUGCUCUGAGGUCUUUGGUGGUCUGGAUAUGUGUGCAGUGGAAGCUUUACACGGAAAAGAUGGCCGGGACUACAUAAUUGAGGUGGUGGGAUGUUCAAUGCCAUUGAUUGGGGACCAGCAGGACGAGGAUAGAGCUCAGAUAGCUGAACUAGUCAUCUCCAAAAUGAACCAGACCAUUCCACGCACUGGACUGCCUUCUUCCACCCGCUCACAGGCACCUACACAGAGAGCUGUAUCACCUCAACCAGUUACCCAGACUAGAGUGCCCCAAGCCCAACAACGCCCUUCUCCACAAGGUGGUCCACAACAAGCACCCUCUGGCAGCCCCGGUGGUCGUCAAGGACCCCCUUCCCAGCAGCGGCCCACUCCCCAGGGCCAGCCUAUUCAGAGCCUAAGCCAAGCUCCAUCCCAAUCUCAGCCAGUGACUAGUCCCAGCACUCAGAACCCCCCUACUCAGCAAGUUAGGCAGGGAGGCCAGGCUGCCCAGCAGCGACCGCCAAGCCAGGGGGUUCCAGCACAACAGAGACCCCCUACGGCUCAGGGUUCAGCACAACGUGGUCAAGGAGGUUCCCCUCAAAACCAAAGGGUGCAACAAGGAGCCCCACAACAGCAACAACAACAGCCACAGCAACAGAGGUCCCAAACAGGGGGCCAGGGGCCUAAACCUACAGGUGGUCAACCUCAACAGAGGCCUCCACAACAGAGGCAGGGUCAGCCCGUCAGGCAGCCGACCCAGGGAGGUCCCCACCCCGGUCAACAGCAGAGAAGCCCUGCUCAACAGCAGGGUGGACCUCGGCCCCCGACCACCCAACAACCACGACCCAUUGUGCAGGGUCAGGGAGGCCCGGGUGGCUCUGCUGGUCCUGGGGCUGGCCGGCCUCCUGUCCAGCAAAAGCCUCAGCCCCCCCAGAAGCCCAGCCCUGAUCACCCUGCUUUGAGUGGUUCCCCUCAACUAAACAAAUCCCAGUCUCUUACCAAUGCCUUCAACAUUCCAGACACACCGGCGGCAGCACCGCGCCCAACUCUUAGUCAGGACGAGGUGAAAGCUGAGACCAUCCGUAACCUUCGCAAGUCCUUCGCCAGCCUCUUCUCUGUGGAAUAA